AUGGUGAUCCUCAACGGCAAAGGUAAUGGGAAUGUCAAGCCUACUAUUCAAGACAUUGCAGAAAUUCAAGAUCUUCUUGAAGAUAUUCACAUCGCAGAUACACACCAAAGUUCCAUACCAGAUUCCACGAAAACGCAUUCUUCGAACACAACUGCCACCACCGCCGAAGUCUUAUAUUCAUCCACGAUCCCUUCUCCAAUCCCAAAGCCAGCAGACUGGACCUCAGAUCUACCUAACUCUGAGCAUGUUCAAUUUUUUAAAAAUACAAAUUGGGCUGCAACACAACUCGGACCAUUAGAAUCAUGGAGCCUUGCCCUUCGCCUGCACACUUUCACAACUUUCGCGGAUUCAAGACCUGCUUGUUUAUAUUGGGGACCUGAGAGAGUUGCAAUUUACAAUGAAAAUUUUAUCGAAAUGUCCGGCAAAACACAUCCAGCAUUGAUGGGCACGCCAUUCGAGUUGGCUUUCCCAGAAAUUUGGAAUGACAUCAAGGGGGUUUUCAUUCAUGCAGAGACGAGCAAGGUUGCAGCAGACGUUAAUGAGAUACCUUUGACGGUGGAGAGAAGCGGGUUUAAAGAGGAGGCAUAUUUUACGGGAAGCUUCAAUCCAGUCCGAAGGGAGGAUGGAGCAGUUGCAGGCUUUUAUAAUUCUGUAGUUGAAGUUACUGCCCAAAAGCUCAACGAGAGAAGACAGUCGAUGUUGGGAUCAUUGGAGAUUCCAACUGGAUUGCAACAAGGGACACUUGCUAGCCAUGUUAUGCCUCAUUUAGAGUCAAAUCCACUAGAUAUCCCCAUGGCGAUGUUAUAUCAGGUAGAUGAGCAAAGUUCUUCUGGGUCUGCGGUUUAUCUGCGGAGUCAACUUGGCUUCCCUGAGAACCAUCCACUCGCCGUGCCGGAAGCUGAACUCAGCAGCUGUCUUGCCCUAUUUCCAUUGUUGCAUAAAACAAGCAAUAAAAUUUCGACUCAUUCUGUUGAUGAGAAAUUUGAGGGAGUCGAAUGGCGUGGUCACAAAGAUGAUUUUACCAGAGCUUACGAACCAUCGACGCAUUUUAGCAUACUUCCAAUCUCGAGUGCUGAUCGUAUCUUUGGUUAUCUCAUACUUGGCGCCAACUCUCGCCGACCAAUUGACGAUACCUACGAUCGAUUCAUAAAUGCUAUUGCCUCGAGGGUUUCAUCAAUUGCAUCUGCCUUAGCUAGCACUGAGGAGACAAGGCGGAGGGCUGAUCGGCUAGAAAAAGAACUAGCUGAAAGUGAGAGACAAAUCAGAUAUAUGGCACAGAACGCUCCGGUUGGCAUGCUGCAAUUAUCGACUGAAGGUAAAAUCCUCUGGGCCAAUGAUAUAUACUAUCGAAUUACUGGCCAUUCGGGACCUGAGGAACCGCAGUACAACUAUUCUUUUCUUGAUGUCUUGAUUGAAGAAGAUAGGUCUCAAACUUUACAAGCUUGGGCACAACUUCAUGAUGGAUCCUCUCACAUUGAGACUACGUCACGGCUCAAGCGUAUGUUCGUGCCACCCAGUGGGGAAGCCGAGCACGCUUGUGUGCUAUCAUUGGCAUUCCCAUAUAUUGUUGAUGGCAAAGUACAAUCUAUCAUGGCUUGCUUCACCGACAUCUCUGAGUUAAAAUGGGCCGAAGCAGCGGAAGCCAGAAAUGCCGAGGAAGCACGCGAGGCCAAACGUCAACAAGAGGAGUUCAUUGAUGUUGUCUCUCAUGAGAUGAGAAAUCCUCUUUCUGCCAUCUUCCAAUGUGCCGACAUGAUAUCAAAUUCCUACAAAGAUUUAUCACACACAAAUACUCUUGACAUUUUGAAAAGCAAUGUCGAGGCCGCCCAUACGAUAGCGAUGUGUGCCAGUCAUCAAAAGCGUAUCGUGGAUGAUGUCUUGACACUCUCGAAGCUCAAGUAUAUGAUGUUGUCCAUUUCGCCGCAUCCUGCUAAUCCAGCGAAGAAUCUGGAACAGGUCGUCAGAAUGUUUGAAGCGGAUUUAACGUCCCACGAUAUCUCAAUCAAAACAAUAGCUCAAUCUUCGUUCCGCGCCAAUAAUAUCGACUUGGUCAUGUUUGACUCCUCGCGUGUGAACCAAAUCUUGAUUAACUUACUAACAAACGCGAUUAAGUUUACGAGAGGUGAACCAGAGAGAAAGAUCACAGUUACUUAUGGUGCUACUCUUGUUGAUCCAGAGAACAAUUUCAGCAAGGAACUUUACUGGGUACCAUGCGGGAACGAGGUUGAAGAUUUGACGCUGAAUCCUGAGUGGGGCUCUGGUGAAUCUGUGUUUUUAACAUGCGCAGUCACAGAUACAGGAGUUGGCAUGCGUGCUGACGAGAUCCCUCGUCUCUUCACUCGCUUCGAGCAGGCCAAUUCGAAAACCUCUAUAAAAUAUGGUGGAUCUGGUUUGGGAUUGUUCAUUUCUCAGAAGCUUGCCGAAAAGCAAGGAGGUAGGAUUGGCCUAUCUUCCAAGUUAGGCCAGGGAAGCACGUUCGGGUUUUACAUCAAGGUACGACGUAGUGUCAAACCACGAAAAGAUGUCCGCCCAAGAUUAACACCAGUAUCAUUCGAUGGAUCUUACUAUGACGGAUCGAAACCUAUGCACGUUUUGCUAGUCGAAGACAAUGUGGUCAAUCAGAGGAUAUUAGAGAAGCAAUUAAAAAAAGCCGGCUGCGUAGUCUACGUGGCCAACCAUGGAUUAGAGGCUUUAAAGAUAUUGAGACAAUGUUCCUGCUGGCAUGAGCCGGUGAAAGACGCGAAGAAAUUAGACAUAAUACUGAUGGAUUGGGAAAUGCCUAUCAUGGAUGGUCUCACUUGCAGUCGGGAGAUCCGAGCAUUGCAACAAUCUGGAAAGAUCGUGAAGCAUCUUGAGAUCAUCGCAAUUACUGCUAAUGCCAGAGAGGAGCAGGUUCAAGUGGCAUUACAUAACGGAAUUAAUUUCGUAAUGUCCAAACCUUUCAUAGUCUCGAACUUGCUGUCCAAAAUGAGAGAAAGGCUUAGCGGGAUCGACAACGGAACAAGUUUUCAGUGA